AUGGUCUUGUCUUCUUCAACCAUCUUCUUACUUUUAAUUACAUGUACAGUUUUCACCAUUUUAAAUGUUGCUAAUUCAGACUCAUCAUCAUCAAAUGAAGAAGUUGAUGCUCUCCUAAAAUGGAAAGCAACUCUCAAAAGCCAAAAAACAAACAAUCUUGUACUACCUUCAUGGACAAAUGAUAAUGUCAAUCUCAAUUUAUCAUCACAAAAACCAGCCUCUCCAUGUAACUGGAAAGGAAUCAUGUGUGAUGAUAACGGCAACGUAUAUCGUCUGAACCUUUCGUCGUCUUUUCUAAGCGGUACACUUGAACACUUCUCUUUCUCUUCAUUUCCGAAUAUUAUAUGUAUUGAACUAACUUUCAAUAACUUUUCUGGGAUCAUUCCCUCAGAAAUUCGUCACUCGUCAAAACUCCUUUAUCUUUAUCUUGGUGUAAAUGAAUUUGUAGGAACAAUACCUCCUGAAAUUGGUGAAUUGAGAAAUCUUAGAAUACUUGAAUUGUAUGACAAUAAGUUGAGUGGUUCAAUUUCAAAAGAAAUUUGUGAAUUGAGGUCUCUUUCUGAGCUUGUGUUAUUUAAAAACAAUCUUUAUGGUUCUAUUCCUACGUGUUUUGGGCAGUUAACGAAUUUGAGUCGUGUUUAUUUGAAUUCUAACAACCUUUCUGGUUCGAUUCCUAAUGAACUGGGAAAUCUUUAUAAGGUUAGUGAGCUUGUUAUGAAUAAGAACUCUCUAACUGGUUCUAUCCCAAAAACUUUUGCCAAUUUGAAGAACUUGUCAUCCUUGGAUCUAUCCGAGAAUCAGUUGAAUGGAUCCAUCCCAGAAGAUAUCGGUAACUUGACUUCACUCGAAUGGCUCUUGUUAAGCACUAACGAACUUAGCGGUCCCAUUCCUUUGUCUAUAGGUAAACUCAAAUCCCUUCGUGGUCUUCAUCUAUAUUCAAACAAACUUUCUGGUCCUAUACCACAAGAGUUGGGAAACUUAGCAUCUCUUUCUGGUUUGCAAAUAGGUGGUAAUCAACUCAACGGUUCCAUUCCAAGUUCAUUAGGUAACCUGAAAAACUUAGAAAAGCUGAAACUGUUUGACAAUCAGUUUUCGGGGCCUAUCCCACUAGAACUAGGAAAACUGACGUUGGCUCAAAUAGAUAUGAGCAACAAUAGUUUUUCUGGCAGUUUGCCCGAUGAAAUCUGUAACGGAGGAAGACUUCAAGUCCUGAACGUUAUUAAUAAUAAUCUAUCGGGUCGUAUUCCAAAGAGUGUGUACAACUGCUCAAGUUUGAUCCGAGUAAGGUUUGAGGGGAACAAGCUAACCGGAGAUAUUUCCAAAAGCUUUGGUGUGUAUCCGCUUCUCAAUUACAUUAAUCUCAACGAUAACAAACUUCAUGGGGAGAUCUCAGAUAGUUGGAGUAAGUGCGAGAAUUUAUCAACGAUACAAAUGGGAGGAAAUCAAAUAAAUGGUAACAUACCUCCGUCGCUUGGAAACUCUCUUCAGUUAGAAGAGCUCAAUCUAUCGUCCAAUGAUUUGGUUGGAGAGAUACCAAAAGAGUUUGGAAGAAUGACUCGGAUGCUGGAACUUAAUCUAAGCAAUAACCGACUUUCUGGUGGCAUACCACCAGAACUAGGAUCGCUAACUGAAUUAACUUCCCUUGAUCUGUCCAUGAAUAAGUUGAAUGAGUCCAUUCCGUCUUCCCUUGGGGAUUGCUCAGAUCUCAUCUACAUGAACUUGAACAGCAAUGGUUUUACUAAUGAUAUCCCGAUUCAAAUAGGUGAAUUGGAAGGAUACCAUCUGCUCUAUCGGGUCUAA